GAUCUAUUUUCGUUUCCUAAACAACGGCGACGCUGAUUAUCUUGGACCUUGGAAAAAGUUUUGAUAAAAAUCACACAUCUUGGUAUCCUCUUAACAUAAAAUGCCUCCAAAAAAGGGAAAGGGCAAGGGAAAAGGCAAGGGGAAGAAGCCAGAAGGAGAAAGUGGACCCGUUGAACUGCCGGAACCAACAGAGAAGGAACUGCUUUUGAAGAAGGAAUUGGAAACACUGACUGAUGAACUUGCCAGCCUCAAGAAAAAAGUUGAAGAACUCCGAGGGGAAAAUGAAUGGUUACAGCAAGAAGCACAACAAACCAGGAUUGAAAGUCACGAGUACAUGUCAUACAUGGCCAAGAAGGCUCACAAGCGCCAGUCUACUAUUGUAACUCUGAGUGAUCAAAAUCAGCAGGAAAUCAGAAACAUUCAGGAAGAAGUGGAGAAGAUGCUGAAAGAGUUUGAAGACAAGAAACAUGAAUUACAAGAUGUUCUAAUGGCAAGAGAGGCUGAGCUAGCAAAGACAAGGAAAGAAUUGGAAGAGUUAGAUGAUUUUAAGAAAUUACAACAGGAGCAAGUAAACAAGAUCAGAGAGUUGGAGAAGGAAGUAUUGAGGAUGCGAGGGCAACAUACAGAAACUAUUCAGAAACUCAAGACUCAGUUUUUAACAGAGAAGAAACACUUUCAGGCCGAUUCAGAGUCUAGGAUCCAGAUAGUGGCUAGACAGGCCAAUAAGGAGGCCAUGCAUUGCCUGGGCGAACACACCACCAAGAUCAAGGACGAAAACCGCAAGCUCCGCCACGAACUCCUCAACCUGAUCCACAGGUCAAGGGCGCUGCACGGCCACAAGGAAGAACUGGAGAAGCAGCAACGAGACCUGAUACGGGAGCAGCAGUACGCAGCGGACCUCAAGAGACUCAAAGGCACCAGGCAGCACAAGGUCCUCAAGUCGUUCGGGAUGCUGGACGAUGAGGAGUCCCCAGAGAAGACGGCCUCAAGAUAACUUGGGAGGAGGGAUUUCCCGGACCCGGAGGAGACUACAUCGUGAAGAUUUUGUAGGGACUGGAUCACAAAGACAAUCGGAGGAUGGGAGGGUUUGCCUCUAGCAGGGGUUUGGUUCCACAUGGGCCACUAAGUUUUAAAUCUGGACCCCAAAAUUUUGAAUUUUAACAGGAACCCCAUGUUCACAGAUGUUUAAUGUGGACCCCCUGUUAAAAAGUGUAUGGUGGGUCCCUGCAUGUGCUAGAAUGUUGCAAAGUCUACCUUUGUAAAUGCAGAUUGACUGUCAAUGUCUUUAUUCAAAGUGUUUCCAUGCCCAAGGAAAUUGCAAGUUUUUGGCAUAAAUAUCGGGCCAUUGCUUAUUUCGAUGGACCAAGCACUUUCUGCAAAUCAAUCCCUCGCUCUCUCUC